AGCUCUGGGGCCAGUCCCUGUAGAGCUCCGCUAUGGCUCAGGUGGCCAAUAAAGUCCACUGGUCUAGAGCAGCUACAGCAGUAGCCGCCACCGCCAAAGCCAAAAGAUCAAAGCUUAGGAAGACCGUCGCCAAAAGAUUCAAGCUUAAUAAGAAGCAAAACCCUAGAUCUAAGCUUCCCAAGAGAUCUUAUCACUCCUUAAUUUGUUCUUUUAUUCGCUCUCGUUCCCGUGGUUGCUGUCAUUGUUGCUGUCAUUGUUGCUGUCAUUGUUACUGUCGUCGUUCUCGUCCUUCUCAUAGCAGAAGUACAUUUAAGUUCUUUCAGAUUACGAAGAAGGGGGAACAAUCACUUCGAAGGAGAAUUAGGAGACGAAUCAAGCGUGCUACUGAACUUCGAUUGAUGGAGAGCCAACUGGAGCGGAGCCAACUAAAGCUGAUCGAACUGGAACCAAGCGAGAUUUCAGUGGCAUUGCUCUCUCAUGAGAAUGCCAAUGUGUCUGAGCCACAGGAAGUUCCACCAUGCCUUGACAGUGACCCAUUUCUGAAUGGAGACUUGGCCAGCUUCUAGACCCCAAACAGGUCCAAAGACCCAUGAAACAUCAGUGAACGGGUCUGGGAGCUGAGCUGUGGUCCUGUCAAGGCCAGUCUUCACCACAAACUAAUUUGUAUGAUGGUGAAAAUAAAAUCAAUCAG